AAAAAAAGAAUCAUUAAAUUGGGAAUCCACGCCACACGCCCUUCUUCCUCGCCACUCCCUCCUUCUCCGAGCCAAUUCCGAACUUCCGACCCCAGCGACGACGUCACAUCCACCGCUUCAUUUCACUGCCGUUUGGGGACUCGGAGCCCGUCGGAGAAUCCACUCUCUGACGCUCCUCUCCUUUUGCCUCUUCGAUCCCUUCUUUUCCUAAUUCCUCUUCCUUUAUCCACCCAUGGCCACCUCCGUCAUCCAGGGUUUUACCAAGUCGCUUGCCAUGACUGUGCUCUCCGAGAUCGGCGAUAAAACAUUCUUCGCGGCUGCGAUCAUGGCAAUGCGGCAUCCAAGGAGACUUGUCUUGUCUGGUUGUCUGUCAGCUUUGAUUGUGAUGACCAUUCUUUCUGCUCUGGUUGGCUGGGCUGCCCCUAAUUUGAUCUCACGUAAAUUGACUCAUCAUGUCACAACUCUUUUGUUCCUUGGUUUUGGGCUGUGGUCUUUAUGGGAUGUAUUUAAUAAUGGAGGGGAGUCUGAAGAACUAGCUGAAGUUGAAGCUAAAUUGGAUGCUGAUUUGAAGGCUAACAAAAAAGGUUCCAAAGAUGGCAAUAAGGUUGAUGAUGAAGUGAAGAAGCACAAUCGGUCAAUUCUCUUGCAGUUCUUAUCACCAAUAUAUCUAAAGGCAUUUUCCAUUACCUUUUUUGGCGAAUGGGGUGACAAGAGUCAGCUAGCGACCAUUGGCUUAGCUGCAGAUGAAGACCCACUAGGUGUCGUUCUUGGUGGAAUUUUGGGACAGGCAUUGUGUACAACUGCUGCAGUCCUUGGAGGAAGGAGCUUGGCGUCACAAAUCUCUGAGAAAAUUGUUGCUCUCUCAGGUGGGGUUCUGUUCAUUGUUUUUGGAAUCCAGUCGUUCCUCUCAACUGUCGAGCCGUAAUUUUUAUUACAAAGCUUGUUAUGGUAGGAGAUUGGAUGAAAUAUUGCACAGCAUAUUCUUCUUGAUUGGACGAAAUUGAGAACAAUUUGAAGAGCCUGCAUGUUUCACCAGAGAUACUGUAUAAGUGGUAGCUUUGACGAACACGGGCUGCAAUGCAAUAGUAGUUCUUAUUUCUAAAAUAUUGAAGAUGUGGGCUAUCCAAUUGGAACAGAUCCCAGAAAGUUUGAACUGUUUUAGAUGAUCAGAUAAUUCCUUUGCAGUACUCACAUUGCAGUACUCACAUUGUUAACACAGUUCAAAACAAAAAGAUGUACUGGUUGAUUUGACACUUCAGUGGUUCAUGACAAUAUUUUUUAUGUUAAUGUUUAGUUCACAGAAGACUUCACUUUCCAUUCAACUCUAGUUAUGCAUUUAUGUCAUAAUCUGGGAAGUGCACAGGGAGAGGUAGCUGUUGAAGCCAUUGGGUACGAAUGGGUACGAAGACUUCCAAGAACAGUUUGUGCAAUGGCGAGUGGGAGUGAUAAAGGAAUGGAUGAGCAGGGAACAAGUGAUUGUCAAUCCUAGAAGAAACUGGCGCAAACAACCGGCCUGCUUCAGGGGUUGAAUUGAAUGCACAGCAGAGGUGGUAGAGAAAUACAAUUUAUG